CUCCCUGCACAAAUUUUUGAAAUAAUAAUUAAAUUACUUUCUUAUCGAAAACGAUGCAACCAAGACAAACUUUCUCUCUCUCUCUAACCCAUUUGUGCAAAAUCUAAUUUUCUUCCUCAGAUUUGUCUGAACGAAACUCGCUUUAUCAGGUUUCUCCUUCAAUAAGCAUUUUUGGAUUCGUCCGCCCCCUUCCCCAUUAAGUGAUUCGCCAACUACCUUCAAUAAGCGUGCUGAAAACUACUGCUCACUCUGUUUCUUCUUGGAGGCAAAUUUUUUAUUUUUUUUUUUAAACUCAAAGCUUAUCUUUUUUUUUUUUUCUUCACAUGGGUUCUUUAGUUCCUUUAGUUUCGUAACCAUUUUGAGAGUUUUCCGGGUAAAAAGUUUCGAUUUUUAUAUCGAAGAAAAUAUGUCUCCUUCGAUUCUGGAGAAGAUGGGAUGCUCAAACUCAAAAGAAGCAUCGACGAAGAAGAAGAAGAACGAGCCGCUUCUCUUAUGUAAAGAGAGGAAGAGAUUCGUCAAACAAGCCAUUGAUUCCAGAUGCGCUCUCGCCGCCGCACACGUGUCCUACGUCCGUUCCCUCCGUAACAUAGGAGCUUGUCUCCGUCAGUACGCCGAGGCUGAGACUGUAGCUGCUGUGGCUUCAUCCCCUUCUCACAACUCCUCUUCUUACCCUGACGACGACGACGACGGCGACUCGGUUGACUCGCCGUUGAGUCACAACACUAAGCCUAAACCUGUUUUGAGUCUAAGCUACACGAAGUCGGCUAACUCUACAGUGACUUACACGAUGAACCCUCUCGACAUGUCGGAGUUAUCUCCUCCUCCGCCGCCGCCGCCGCUGCGUCCUCGCCGGCCAGAGACGUCUUCUUGGGACUACUUCGACACUUGCGACGAGUUCGAUAGCUUUAGACUGACUGAUAACGCAUCACUUAUAGGAUUAGAGAAGCAGAGUAAACAGAGUAAUGCAGAGGAUUUCAAAACAGAGCAGAGGAAACAGAGCUCUGAAGAUGAAGGUGAAAGAGAGGAUCCAUCAGAGUUUAUUACACACAGAGCUAAAGACUUUGUGUCUAGCAUGAAAGAUAUAGAGCACAAGUUCUUCAGAGCUUCUGAGUCUGGUAAAGAGGUUUCGAGGAUGCUUGAAGCUAACAAAAUCAGAGUCGGAUUCGCUGAUACCACCACAGGAAAAGGAAACUCAGUAGCGUUUCUCUCAGCUUUGAAGCGAGCUUGUUGUAGAGGGAAGAAGAGUCACUCACCUGUUUUUAAAGAGCCAUUGCACCAACAAGUCACUAAAGUUAUAGUGUGGAAGAGAACAUCGUCUUCAAGAUCCUCCACUUCUAGAAAUCCGUUGAUAGAAGAAGAUCAUGAUGACAAUGAAAGUGGAAGUGACUUCACACAAGAGUUCUGUAUGAUCUCGGGAAGUCACUCUUCUUCACUUGAUCGGUUAUACGCUUGGGAGAGAAAACUAUACGAUGAAGUCAAGGCGAGUGAGAUGAUUAGGAAAGAGUAUGAUAAAAAAUGCGAGCAGUUAAGGAACCAGUUCACAAAGGAUCACAGUGCUAAAGCCAUGGAUAAGACAAGAGCAGCUGCAAAAGAUCUUCAUUCUAGAAUCAGAGUCGCUAUACAGUCCGUUGAUUCGAUUUCUAAGCGUAUUGAGAGGAUCAGAGAUGAAGAGCUUCAGCCUCAGCUCUUAGAGUUUCUCCAAGGGUUGAUAAGAAUGUGGAAAGCAAUGCUGGAGUGUCACCACUCGCAGUACAUUACCAUCUCACUGGCUUACCAUUGUCGGAACACGUCCAAAACUGGGCCUGAAAACGCUCUCAAGAGACGGAUUUGGUCAGAGCUUCUAGAGGAAACAGAGUGUUUUGGUCUAAGCUUUGCAGAUUUGGUCAACAGUAUGACUUCCUACGUUGAAGCUCUCAAUGGUUGGCUACACAACUGUGUUUUGCUCCCUCAAGAGCGUUCUACAAGAAACCGAAGACCGUGGUCCCCACGCCGUGUCCUGGCCCCGCCGAUAUUCGUCUUAUGCCGGGAUUGGUCGGCUGGGAUGAAGUCUCUGCCGUCAGAUGAACUCAGUAGGUCUAUCAAAGAGUUCUCAACGGAUAUGGAAAUGUUGGGCGAGGAGAAGGAGGAUUCGGUGCUGGUUUCUGAAGAUUUGUCGAGCGUGCAUUCGAGUUUGGCGAAGCUUCUAGAGAGAUUGAAGAAGUUUUCAGAAGCUUCUUUGAAAAUGUAUGAAGAUGUGAAGGUGAAAAGUGAAGAAGCUGUAGUUGCUUACACUAAUCAUUCUAAUUGUGGUAGACCAUUAUUGUAACUAUGGCUGGCAAAACUAAGUCAUUUUUUAUCUAGUAGACGUGCUAGGUUAUCUGAAUCGGCUGCUCCUGGACUAUGGUUGAUGUUAGAAAUCAUAAUUCUAGUAUAAAAUAGUUCUAAGAGAAAAAAAAAAAAUGUAGGAAAUGAUAGUUCUAAGAAAAAAAUCAUUUCGCUAGCACAUGUAUAGACGUCAAAGCAGAAGCAAGGUCGCGCAAGUGCAUGACACAGGGACUGUACGCAAACUUGUCGGAACACGUCCAAAACUGGGCCUGACACAGGGACUGUACGCAAUAGUCCUCACAAACUUCACCAUGGAGGCUGCCGCUCCUGUCAAGCAAAAUCACAGCACACCUUACUGUAUUUGCUUUGACGCAGGAAUGUACCAAACGAUUAGGAGCACUCCACCAUACUACGUACAACGUUCAGCCUCAUUUUUAUCAGCCUCCACUCUUUUGAUUGUCUCAUAUCCAUGCACCAGCAUUUAUUUGUUUAUUUUUAUACACACAGUGACACAACUAGGGUUCUUUAUAAAACGAUUAUAUAGUUUUCUAUAAUGGAAAACCAAUGAAAGUUCUUUUAUGGAGUAUAUAUUGUGCAAAUACUAAAAAACAUAGAUUAUAAAUUAUAAAUACGAUCAGUUUUUCGUUACAUUUUUAUUUGAUUAAGUAAUAUACGACCGAUUGUAAGUUCAGCGAAUUGGUUUGGAUUAUUGAACAAGAGGUUCUUUGGUAAAGUUUGAUCGGAAAUAUGUGGGUCACCAGGGAAAAAUAGUCAUAUAAUGGUCACGGUCAGGGAAUAUAGCUUUAAUUUGAUGUUUAUCCUGAUGAUCUCCAACUCCAAUGGUGGAGGAAGAGUUGACAUAUGUGACAGUCAACUAGCUUCUUUUGUUUUUAAAAUAUACUAAUAAUUUUUCGUGUAUGAUAAUUGAUAAGUGGCCACUACAUCACCAUGAUCUUGUCGAUAUAGUAUUACAAAAUAAUUUAAUUGCACUUAAUGAUUUGACUUGGAGAAAGUCCAUGACAAAUUAGGUUUGUCAUGGUAAUAUGAUUAUUAUAUAUGGCUUCUUUGGAUUAUAUAAUACUAAUAAUCACAAAACGUUAGGAAACAAUAACUAUCUAUUAGUUCAUAAGAUGGUGACAAAAAAAUUGUUCAUAAGAUAAUGACCUUGUGUGUCACCUUACAUAACUAUUUAUUUCAAUACAUAAACUCCAUAAUCAUUCUUUCAAUUUAAAGUGACUGGUUGGAAAUUAAGUGAUGGGAUUAUUAAGGUCUAACUUUCCAGUUUGUAUCGUGUGUGGAAUUACGUGUCCUUGCUAUAUUUCAGAUCUCUAACCACAAAUCUACGAAUAUUCUUUCGUAUUUUACAUUGCCGAUCAAGGAUAAAAUCUAUAUUUUGAAAGAAAAUAUAGAAAGUUCAGAUUAUAUAUUAGCUUACUUUAUCAGACGUGUGUUGGAGUUUAUCUCGAUAACUUUACAUUUAUUCCGUUAUGCUUUGGUUAGCAAUAGAUUAGAGAUCAGAUUAAAAAUAGGUUCUUUCUUUAGCUUUUGUCACUUGUCAGUCGUGGAGAACCGAGAGAUAGUGAUUUCCACGUAGGAUCCUACGUGUGUACACGCUAAAGUGGAUCCCAUAUAUUUUUGUUCUCUAAAUAACUGACCCCACAUUGGGUUUUUGAAGGGAGAUUACCUAAUAAGACAAUAAUACGAUUUCCAUUGAUUUUUAAGGAAAAAAAUAUUUUUAGGUAAUUAUUAACUUUCGGUUUUUAUGAUGUUUUUACUCGGUGCAAAAAGAUAAGAAAACUGUGCAAUGAAAUGAGAUGUGAGCGCAAUUUAUUGAUUUGAUUUUUUUUUUUAAACCAUUGUAUAAUUUGAGAUCUCUUCUUUCUUCCACAUUAAAACAAAAAAUGAUAAUCUUACAUCACAUUCUGACGAUGUUAUUUUAUAAAAAAAAGAAACAAAACAUUGUCAAAAGGAAUUUAAAAAGAGUUUAUAACAUAAAUGGUCACUUUACCAGUUUUUAUUAUACCCAAGAGCACAUUGUGCUACGAAGGCACUUUUUAGUGGUUAUAGACCUAUUUCUCCUUGAAAAAGUGAAACUAGAGAUGGGUAUCUAAGUAAUUUGACUUCUUGGCUGGUUACUUUGUUUCGGCAUUCGAAUUUUGAAAAAAUAAGUGAUUUGGUUGUGGGCCCAAGACGAAAUUAAUUUUUGCUUCAUAAUAAACAUUGGGUCCGUAAAAGGCAAAAAAAAAAAUUUUUGGUUUACUUUCACCCACAAACAAAAAUUACGGUUACGAUUGUUCGAUAAACUUAGAAGGUGUUUUCUGACGUCGGAGAAAUUGGAGACAGAGAAAAGGUUUAAUGACGAGGAGGAGGAGGGUAGCAGAAAGAGAAAACGGAAGAGGAGAACCGAGGAAGUGGUUUGUCUUUUGAUGAUGGAAAAAUUAAUGGAGUGAGACUAAUUGCAGAGGCACCGGAGCUGGAGAUGACGGACGACCGGUUGAUUGAUUGAGAAGCAGUUCGCGACGGACCGGUACCCAAGCAAGCGCAUGUAUGUGUAUUCAACUUUUGAUAACUUGAUUUGGUCCGUGUUGUGUUUUCAAUAGGAUUUGUCCUAUGUCUGGUUUUAAUUAUCUUGCGGCUCAGCUAUUACCAGGAAACAGGUGACCUCGUGAACUUCUGACUUCUAUAUAUGUCCUCUUAGUGAGUUUGUUUGCAUUUUGUUAUUGGGCAUUCUUGUUAAUAGUCGUGAAAGCUGCUAGAAAUGUGCCAGUUCACAAACAAUAAAGUUAGGUAUCUGCAUCAGAAAGUUUAUACAUUGAGCUUUCGAAUUUGUAAAACUUCUCUGGUUUUAACGGUUUCUAGAUUCUGUAGAAGAUCUUCUUUAACUGGUUACUGGUUACGCAUGUAUCCAAGAGGAAGUCCAGCAACAUUUUCAUUCUUAUGGGACAGUUAAUAGGUGUACACAUGGAUAGUUUGUAGGUGUACACAUGGACAGUUUGUAGUGUAUACAUGGACAGUUUGUAGUGUACACAUGGACAGUUUGUAUGAUUAUUUUGUUGUAAUGUAAUGUAAUGUGCAUAGAAUUUGCUAUGGAAUUUAUGGGAUUUGAAACUA